AUGGUCUCACCGCACCGACCCAAGCCUCCUAACGCUGUCCCUAUGGAUGACGAGUACCAACGCCCUGAGGAGGACGCCAGGACCGCUCUUCUCUCCCCUGCGGCGCUAUCUGUGCUCGAUGAGAUUGAGUUGACAGAUCUGUCCCCAAGCUCCCUUGAACCUCAAAACACUGCCCGUGCAGAGGGCACAUCCAUCCCUGUUGAUGCGUACGGCCAGAUUGAUACUGCGCCAGCCUACAGGGCCGAUGAACCCGUUGAAACGGAGCGCACGGCCUUUCACAUCCCCAGCAUCGUGGUGUCUGCGCCCUUAGCCUCGCAGCAGGACUCGCACGCCAGCGUUCAGGCUCCCUAUGCUAUUGCCUCUGUGGCAAGGGCUGCUCAUGAAGAUGCAGUCAGCGUGGGUUUGCCGCCCAACCAAGCGGUGUCACUGAUCUCCGCCUCUGGUACAAACAACGCUGAGGAUACGCAGAACCCGCGCCCUUCACGCCCCUCCACGUUUCUGAACCACACCACUACCAACGUUAGUCACAACGAACCACCCUCGUCUCUAUCAGUCGGUCUUGCCACCUCACACUACAUAGCCAGUGACUCGUUCACGGAUGUGCCAAUCGACCCUGUCGUCGACCAUGCAAGCGCCGCUGAGAACACCGUUUCCUCGGAAGCCACCGCCAACCCCGCCGUAGCUGGAGGGUCGGCCACCACUGUUGAGCUUCGCUUGCCGGAGCCUAAGUGGAACGGAAGUGGUCUUGCGUUGCUGUAUAUCUCGUGUUGGCUUCUCAAUGCGACCGACGCCUUCCAAAACAGUACGGUCACCAAUGUCUCGCCGUUCAUCACUUCUGAACUUGGAGGGCAUAGCUUUUCACCCACCGUCUUUGUCGUCGUCGAUUGCUGCAUUUCCCUUGCUGCCGUCUUCACUGCCAAGCUUCCGAAGGUCGUCAACCGCUUCUACCUGCAUGCAUCCGGCGCGGUUAUCGCUACCGUUGGAUUGGCGAUGCUCUCAACUUCAACGACGCUGAUCAUGUACAGCAUUGCCAGCAUCAUAUAUUCGGUUGGCUGGGUGGCCAUUUACGCCGCGACCAACUCUCUUCUCCUGGAAGCGACUGACGGAACACAUAUCAGUAUCAUUCGUGCUUUCAACUCCAGCCCUGCUCUGCUCACCACCCUCGUAGGCUCCCCGCUCGCCCAGAACCUCACCAAAGACCAUUGGCGCUGGUGCUACGGUUCCCUCGCCAUCACAAUGAAUGUCCUCUGCAUCUGCACGGCCUUCAUGCACUGGUCCCACUGGUGCCACACUCACACUCGCGAUCAGCAGCCGACGGCUCAGCCCCCAUCCCGUGAGCGCAAUGACGUCGGCCGCUGCCGUCGCUCUUGGAGCAGCAAGCUUCAGUUCUUCCCUCAAGCGCACGUCAUCUCUGGCCCCCUUUUCUUCCUUGUCGGCAGCAACCUCCUGCUCGUGUCAUUCUCCGCCGCCGAGUCCGCCUCGGAAACCUGGAAGAGCGGGUACAUCAUCGGGAUGAUCACGGGCGGAUGUGUGUUGCUCGCCGCCUUCGCGGCUGUGCAAUGGGCCGUCCCCAACCCCUUCAUCCCGCUCGGCUUGCUGAAAGAUCGCAUGAUGCUGGGAGCCUUCGCCGUCUCGGCCUGGUCGGGGUACUACACAUCGUAUUUGCAGCUGGUAUUCGAUCGCUCCGUCGCGGAGGCGGGAUGGAUUGCGGCAAUCCCGGAAGGAAUGGAAGCCAUCGCUGAGGUCGCUAUCGCCUUCGUGGCGGACAAGUUCGGUCAUCCCCGCGCCCUCCUUGUCACAGCCUUCUUGCUCUUCUGUCUCGGCGUCAACCUCAUGAUGCUGUUCCGUGACCCCGAUACUCCACUGUACCGCGUCAUCGGCCCGCAGUUCCUAAUCGGCGCCGCCGUCGCUUCUUUCAAUCUCUUGACCUCGUUCGUCGUCGCUUCUCAACCGGAAGAAGGACCAGCCAGCCCUGCUCGCGCUCCUCUUCAUGUCCGAGCGCAUGGGCAAGGCGGUGGGCAAGGCGCUCUCAGCCGCGAUCUGGAACCACACCCUUCCACAGCAGCUCCAGCUUGA